GCGCGGUGACGUCACUUCCGGCCUCAUCCGCCAUUACGAUCGCGGCUUCGGUCCCAUCAUGUCGCGGUUCUUCACCACCGGAUCCGACAGCGAAACCGAGUCUUCGGCUUCCGGAGAUGAACCCACCCCGAAACCCACGGGAGGCGCCUACGGCAAGCCGCUGCUGCUCAGCGAGGAUGAGGAGGACACCAAACGCGUGGUGCGAAGCGCUCGCGACAAGCGCUUCGAGGAACUGACGAACCUCAUCCGGACCAUCCGGAAUGCCAUGAAGAUCCGCGACGUCACGCGGUGCCUCGAGGAGUGGGAGGCGCUGGGCCGCGCCUACGCCAAAGCCCGCGGCGUCCUCGACCGCGACGGCGCCCCACGGUGCUACAUCCGCAUCCUCGCCGACCUCGAGGACUACCUCAACGAGCUCUGGGAGGAUAAGGAGGGGAAGCGGCGGAUGAGCAAACCGAGCGCUCGCGCUCUCGGGACGCUCCGACAGAAACUCCGCAAACACAACCGCGACUUCGAGGCGCAGAUCGCCGCCUAUCGACAGAACCCGGAGCAGUCGGAUGAGGAUGAGGAGAAGAAGAGCGGAGACUCUGAAGCUUCGAGUUCGUCGGAUUCGGAUGAAGACGCCGACGUUUCGUCCUUCCUGAAGAAGAAGGAGAGCGGCGGCGACGCUCGCGGGCGAUUCCUGAAGAAACUGGAGGAGGAGGAAGAGGAGGAAGAAGAGUCCUCGGAGGAGGAUUGGGGCUCCGACGACUCCGACACCGACUCCGAAUCCGAUGAGGACGACGGCAAAUUCACCUCUCUCGCCUCCAAAUUCCUCAAGAAGGACGACGACAAACGCGGCGGAGAGCGGAAGCGGGAGGAGAAGGCCAAGAAGAAGAUGGACCGCCGGAGCCGCCGCUUCGAGGAGGACGAAGAGGAGGGCGAGGGCGAAUGGGAGAGGGUGCGCGGCGGCGUCCCCCUCGUCAAGGAGAAGCCCAAGAUGUUCGCCAAAGGCACUGAGAUCACUCCGGCGGUGGUGGUCAAAAAGCUCAACGAAAUCCUCCAGGCGAGGGGCAAAAAGGGCACCGAUCGGGCCGGGCAGGUGGAGCUCCUGCAGCUGUUGGUGGCGGUGGUGCAGGAGCAGAGCCUCGGAGUGCCCCUGGAGCUGAAGGUGAAGUUCAACAUCGUCGCUUCGCUCUACGACUCCAGUCCCAACCUGGCGGCCUGCAUGAAGCCGGAGCUGUGGCAGAAGUGUCUCGGUUGCAUUGAAGAGCUUUUGGAUCUCCUCUUCGCUCAUCCCGAGAUCUUCGUCGGAGAAAACAUCGCAGAAGAGUCCGAGAACCUCUGCAACCCCGAACAGCCGCUGCGCGUUCGCGGCUGUAUUCUCACUUUGGUGGAGAGAAUGGACGAAGAGUUCACGAAGAUCAUGCAGAGCACCGACCCCCACUCGCAGGAGUACGUGGAGCACCUGAAGGACGAGGCGCGCGUGUGCCGCAUCAUCGCCCGCCUCCAGAGGUACCUCCAGGAGAAGGGUUCCACCGAAGAGCUGUGCCGCGUCUUCCUCCGAAGGAUCCUCCACACCUACUAUAAGUUCGACUAUCGCGCCCAGAGGCGCUCUGACCCCCAAAAAGGAAGCGCCGAAGCCCCCGAGAAGGAGAAGGUGGCGGAGGCCGAGGAGGACGCGGAGGACUCGGCGGCGCUGAUGGAGCGCCUCUGCAAAUUCAUUUACGCCAAAGACCGCACGGACCGGAUCCGCACCUGCGCCAUCUUGUGCCACAUCUACCACCACGCCCUCCACAGCCGCUGGUACCAGGCCCGGGACCUCAUGCUCAUGUCCCACCUCCAGGACAACAUCCAACACGCCGACCCACCCGUCCAGAUCCUCUACAACCGCACGAUGGUCCAAUUGGGGAUCUGCGCCUUCCGCGAAGGUCUCAUCAAAGACGCCCACAACGCCCUUUUGGACAUUCAAUCCUCGGGAAGAGCGAAGGAACUUUUGGGCCAAGGUCUUCUCCUCCGAAGCCUCCAAGAACGUAACCCCGAGCAGGAGAAGGUGGAGAAGCGCCGCCAGGUGCCCUUCCACAUGCACGUCAACCUCGAGCUCCUCGAGUGCGUCUACCUGGUGGCGGCCAUGUUGCUGGAGAUCCCCUACAUGGCCGCCCACGAGUUCGACGCCCGACGACGGAUGAUCAGCAAACAGUUCCACCACCAACUGCGCGUCGGGGAGAGACAACCGCUGCUCGGGCCCCCCGAGUCCAUGCGGGAACACGUGGUGGCCGCUUCCAAGGCCAUGAAGACCGGGGAUUGGAAGAGCUGCCACCGCUUCGUGGUCAACGAGAAGAUGAACGGCAAAGUCUGGGACCUCUUCCCGGAGGCCAACAAAGUCCGCGCUAUGCUCGUCAGGAAGAUUCAGGAGGAGUCGCUCCGAACGUAUCUCUUCACCUACAGCAGCGUCUACGACUCCAUCAGCAUGGCCGUCCUGGCGGAGAUGUUCGAACUCGAUUUGCCGACGGUGCACAGUGUGAUCAGCAAAAUGAUCAUCAACGAAGAGCUGAUGGCCUCCCUGGAUCAGCCCACGCAGACGGUGAUGAUGCAUCGGACGGAGCCGACGGCGCAGCAGAAUUUGGCGCUGCAGUUGGCCGAGAAGCUCAGCGGUCUCGUGGAGAACAACGAACGCGUCUUCGACCACAAACAGGGAUCCUACGGGGGGUACUUCCGAGAUCAGAAGGAUGGGUACCGCAAAGGCGAUGGCGGAUAUCUGCGCCGCGGCGGUUAUCGGCAACAGGAGCGCGGCUCCAACUACUGACUGACCCACGGAUUGCGCCCCAUAGAUCCCCCCCCGACCCAUAGAUCCCCCCCCGACCCAUAGAUUGCGGCCCCAUAGAUUC